GUGGUGGUUCCCGUCCUUGGGAGCUGCUGUUUCAUUCCGCGUUUGAACUAGUUGGGACCUCCAGUAGUUCGGCACUGCGUUGCGCGAACAACGUAUGUUAUCUUGGCCGUGGACUUUAGGAGGUCUUACACUAGGUUUGCCUUCAACGCGCUGUACGGCGAGGACAUGUUAGUAGUCACACGUCCUUCCGACUGAAUUAGAAUUCUCUCGCCGGGAGGUAGUGGCGGUUGCAAGCGUCGGAUUCACGACAUCAGAUCGUAACCGCACUCAUCUGAUCCAAUGGAGGCGGUGGGAAGACUCCACUAUCAGGGAUCUCAAGCUCCAGCCGUGUCAGCGCGAGAGGAAGACUGGGACUUGUGCGAGGACCUCAGGGAUGAUCGCAGAGAGGAUUUCAGGAGUAAUCCCAGGGAGGACGCCAGGGACAAUGAAAGAGAGUAUCUCACCGAUGAUCUCGGUGGCGACCUCUGUGCGGACGUGUCCGAAUCCCUACGUGACGAUUGGAUCACCGAGCUUGCUGCUCGCGAGCGCGUGGUCCACCCCGAAUCAGCCGAGCACUUGACGCAUCCCGGGCAACUCCCUGAACGCGCCCUAGUUGCAUUGGAACAGUCCGGGAGACCGUCGCCGCCUCUAGUAGGAGGGGAGUCGCUGCGAGUAGGCCCGGCACCGUCGCCAGGAGGGGAUGCGCUGCGUAUAGGCCCGGCGCCGUCGGAAUCCGAGGUGACUGACGCGGCGAGGCAGCUGCAAGCGAGCAUCCAGUCGCUUCCCAGCCAUUCCGUGUCGGCCAAUCAGCUGGUGGCAGAUGUCCGCAGAAGGGCCGUGCAGGAAGGCGGGCGGGACAGGCGUGUCCUGGUGGUUUCGCAAGCGCUCGAGAUGUUCUCCAGGGAUGCGGACCUGCAGAGUGCAGUGACGUCAGUGGCACGCGACCCUGCAGUGUGGGCGGCCAUAGGCAGCAACCCCGACGUUCAGAAGCUCAUCUGCCGCAGGAGGAGGAGCAGAGUACCUGCGCCUACUGUUACUGUUACUGUUACUGCUGCUGCUACUGAGGCCAAUGCUGUUGAUGCGGAUGCUGCUGAAUGUGAUGAUGCUGCUGCCGCUGCCACAGAUACUGCUGAUGACAAUAGUGGGGCCAGAGUGUUGAGUAAUGCUCUAUGGGAAGGACCCGAAACAGGCAGAGGGGGCGGUGAGGGGGGCAGGGCAGGAAGCAGCAGAAGAGGCAGCAGUGAUGACGAUCGAGUCAGGAAGCUACCAGGGGGUCGGCCAGUUGCCCUGCUUCCCUGUGGUAACGCUGAGGCCUGGCCGUGUGAAGCUUCCUCAAGGGUAGGAACAGCAGCAGCAGCAGGAAUAGAUACUGCAACAGCAGUAGUGGCUGCGGCAGCAGCAGGAGCAGUGAGAGGAGCAGGAGCAGCAACCAUCAUUGCGACGGUACCACCAGAGGUCAAACGGGGGUUUGUCAACCGAGCAGCAGCCACAGCCUCAGUAUCCGCACUGGCAAAAGCAACGCCAUCACUGCCUACGCUAUCAGUACCAGCAGCUACUGGAGUCUCCCGCUCCUAUCAAACCCCCAUGCCAGCAUUACCACCAUCACCAGCAUCACCACCAUCACCAGCAUUACCACCAUCACCAGCAUCACCACCAUCACCAGCAUUACCACCAUCACCACCAUCACCAGCAUCAGCAGCGUCACCCGCCUCCCCCCCAUCGCCAUCCGUGGUGUCAGUGGUGUCGCACCUGCUAGACCAGCUGUCCAGCCUGCACAGCUCCGCCUGGCACUCCCUGCUCAACCUGCUGGGCGCGGACCACCAUGACUCCCUGGAACGGAUGAGCGAGAGCAGUGAGGAGGAGGAGGAGAGCGAGAGAGAGGAACGGGAGGAGAAUGGUUAUCAGUGGCAUCAAACCAACAGAGCUGCGGCUGCUACUAUUGAGUAUGGUCACAUGGCGAAGGAGCAGGAGGAGGAGGAGGGUGGUGGAAGCUGUGUGGGCGGGGAAGUCUUGGGAGAUGGUCAUGAGACAGAGACACGCGAAGGAGAGGCGGUGGUGCCUGCAGUGGCUGUGCUGGUGAUUCUGCUGCUGGGAAUAAUUGUUUUCAACAGACCUCUCUCGUGAAGAUCAGCCUACCGUACUCCCUAAAUCCUGCAUGCUUCUGAUAUCUCCCUCGUCUGCAACAGGCCUUUUGUGACAGGUCAGGCUGUCGUGGUGUGGUAGGGAAGAUCAGCAGAUCAGCGUAGCAUUGGGUUAGGCUGCUGCUGCAGCUUUGGAUUGGUUUGUGCAUGCCCCAUCCCGCUGUAAAUAGGUGGUUGUGCAUUCGCUUAGGCCCAGCUGCAAGAGGCAAUAUCAAGCUUUCAAGUAGCCAGGGCCUGAUGAGAGCAACGAAUAGGCACUAGAUUGUACAUGUGUAGCUGGAGGGGCUGCGUGCUGCAUGCUUUGUACCUGUACCUAACAUUGUGCUCCAGCCGAAGAGUGGAUCCAAGUAUGUAAGAUAUGAUGCACGG